AUGUGCGUUCCAGAGAGCGCCGGCAGGGAGUCUAAGGACAUCAUGGUUCCUAGGCGCCUCCUGUUGGUCGGGGAAGGGAAUUUCUCCUUCACCGCUUCUCUGAUCGAUACCCUGGAUCCCGGAGUCAGUGUUACCGCCACCUGCCUCCAGCACCCGGCCGAUCUGGAGGGGGAUCCCGUGACCCAGGAGAACCUCCAGCGCCUGCGCGAGCGAGGUGUCGAAGUCCGUUUUGGUGUGGAUUGCACCCAACUGGCACGUGCCUUGCAAGCACACGAAAGAGACUUUGAUCGAAUUUAUUUCAACUUUCCGCACUGCGGACGAAAAGCUGGAGUAGCUAAGAACAGGGAACUGCUUGCCAAGUUUUUUCAGAGCUGUGCUGAUGUUCUUGCGAAGGAAGGACAAGUCCACGUGGCCCUGUGUAGAGGACAAGGGGGAACCCCUGCUGAUAAGCCCCAGAGAGAGUGGCACAACAGUUGGCAAGUGGUUGCCAUGGCAGCCCUGGGAGGGUUCAUUUUAAGCGAUGUGUAUCCCUUCAGUUGUGAGGCUGUGCCAGGAUACAAGUGCACUGGGUAUAGGAGCCAGGCUAAGUCGUUCCGAGUAGAAGGCGCCAUGAAUCACGUCUUCACCCAGAGCUCACCCUUGGAAGGCUGUCAGCCCAGAGCACUCAGGGUCCGACUGGGGGACCGGUGCUUUUCCUGUACAGAGCCAGAAGCACUGGCAGGAAAGCUGAAUAGGCGCUUCCUUGAAGCAUCUUCCUGUCAUCCUGUCAAAACCAUCAACGAGAAACUCAUUGCUGAAUUGGGCAGAUAUUUUCCUUUAAAGAGACUGAAGUGUUCCUUCCCUUUGUUGUCACAGGGAGGCACCAGUGUCCUCCCUCCAGGGACUUUCGACCCUCUGCCUGCCUUUUGGGUUAGUCUCCAUGAAGAUAAAUCAUAUUCUGAGUCCCUGACUGGUGAAAUAACACAAGAAAUGGAAGAUGUUCUCCUGUCAUUUGCAGAACUCGCCCUUCCCAAGAGUCCUGGGAGAGAUGGCUACGGAGCAGCUCAGGAGGGAACCCGUGAGCAGGUCAGGCUCCGCCUCAGAUCCUCUCUUCUGGCUCAUGCUGAGGCUGUCAUCCAGUCACCAGACUUCCUCCCAGGCUGCUUGCACAUCCUCAGUGGGCCCGUCUUUCGGAAGUGUCACAUUUUGCCUUUCAUGAUGCCAGCGUUUCAUGAGACUCUUUUUAUCCUUGGGUUAAAUAAAAAUAGGAAGGGUACCUGCCUUGCAUCCCUGCUGGAUCGACUGAAGGAUAGUCUAGAUAACCUUCUCACUGAGACAUUGCUGGAGGGCUCCAGUUUGAGGACUUCAGUGGAGUUUGUCCUUCAGCCAAAUGGAAAGGAUCAUAUAAUUCACGGGAAGUCUCUUCAUUUGGGCCCAGAUUGUACGGAGAAUCUGAUUAUUGGGACUGUUGUCACAUCUACAGCUGUGACACAUAAACAUCCGUGUUUUGCGUUUGUUUCUAUAAACUUGGACUUACUAGCCAUGCUUGUCUAUGACAUUUCUGAUUGGAGGAUAUUGUGGACUUUUGAUAACCGUUUCCUGAAAAGAUUUGCCCCUGGGAAGAUAGAACACUUUAAAAGCUAUUCCCUGUAUCCUCCUUGCUAUGUGCAUGAUAUUAGUUUCUGGUUAGACGAAAAGAAAGGAUUUGAUGAACUUGAGUUUCACACUGUAGCCCGAGCAGUGUCCCAGGACACUGUUAUCUCCAUACAGUUCCUUGGCCGUUUUCAGCACCCGGAGACUGCACAGGUCAGUCUCUGCUAUAGAUUGACUUAUCAGGCCUGUGAUAAGGCGCUCAGCCCACAGCUGGCAGCAUCAAUGCAGUCCCGGUUUAGAAGAGAGAUUCAAAGACAGCUACAUGUUUCACCCCGAUAGGCCAGAAGGUACUUUCUACAGCGGGACCCCAAAUUGUGUAUUGUACGUGGGUGGAAAAGAAAAAACUUGCAAUUGUUAGUCCUUUCUGGAAUCUGUGGGGUUUUUUUUUUUUUUGGUGGUAUAUAAAUAUUUUUUUAUUGUGACCGAAGUAGUUUUGAUGGACCCUAAAGAUAUCUGUGAACAAAACUUAAACCUACAGACUGACUAGGGUGGUGGGGGUGCAUUCUUUUGAGCCAGUGUUCAGGAGACAGAGGCAGGCAGGUGUCUGUGUUUGAGGCCAUCCAAGGUCACAUAAUGAGAUCCUGUCUCAAAGAACCAAACCAAGCUAAACCAAAGACAAACAAAAAUACCAUUAUAGACUGAUGUAACUGGUGACCUUGUUGUAGUUCAGUUUUCUGAUCUUGAGUAAUGACUAAAAACCAAACAAAACAAGCGUGUGUACUUAGCUGCUCCCUUGCUGAAGAGGCUGUAGUCUGGAUGUCUGACCACAUGUAUUUGUAAGUAUGUUUCCCACAUUCUCAGUUCCUCUGUGUCAUCUCACUGAGUUUGAGCGUCUCGCUGCAUGUGCUACACAUUUGCGAUUAUGAUCACUGUACUGCUGUUUCUCUCUGUCGUUGACACGCUAAGAAUUGUCAAUGACAGAACUCAAGUAUUGGAGCUUGUGUUGACAUUG